UCAUUUCGUUCUGAUUCCUUGUCAAUUUCAAAAGGCUGGUUUCCAAGCCUACAUUUUUCGAAAAACUUGGCAAAUUUGUUUAUAAAUAUUCAAAAAUGAGUGUCGAAGAGGAUUCUCCUCAAUAUAUAAUAAUACCAGAAAGUUUGAGCCGAUGUAAGUGCUGUUUCGACGACAAUAAUCUAAAAAGCAUGUGGGAUGUGUAUAGUAAUGAUGGCGAACAAGAAGUUUACGGAGAUAUGAUAGGAGAGUGCUUCGCAAUAUCGUGGGAGACCCACGAGCAAAGUGAUCUCAUCUGUGAGAUGUGCGUAAUAAGACUGCGAGAGGCCCUCACCUUCAAGAGAAACAUACUGGCCACACAUGAACUGUUACAGGAAGCGAUAGACAUGAAAGAUGUGAAACAAUUUCCGUCCAUCGACGUGGAGAUGGAGACGCAGGUGAAAGAGGAAUGGAUAGAAGAGGCCAGCUACAACGACAGCGUACCGGAUGGCUUUGAGGAUGUGGAGUAUCUUGAUGAGGAGGACGGAGUACAAACACCCGAACCUAAAAGGAAGUGGCCGAAGAAGAAAAAGAAGUCUGAAAGGCUAGCCCGAUACAAGCAAUACUCGGCUGACGAUAUGAGGCAAGCUAUUAAAGCUGUUAGGAGCGGGGAAAUGACCUGCACCAUAGCAGCCAUCACUUACGGCGUGCCGAAGAAGACGUUGACAGCCAAAGCCAAUGACAAAGAUAGAGACGAAGACGACAGCAAGGACUCUACCAGCGAGAAACACUACAAGCUGAUAGAGGAAAUCAAGAAUAUAUUGAAAUUCACCAACGCCAUACCGUUCAAGACGAAGACUACCCGCUACUACUGCGCGUACUGUUCCACGGAUGGGCCGAUAUUCGAGGACGGGGACUGUCUCCGGCUGCACACGAGACUGGAGCACGACAAAGAGAGGUUGCGGGGCGUGGAGAAGUUCAUGAGGCCGCAGUGGAUGAACGAAAUCGUCAAACUGGACAUAGAGGGCCUGCAUUGUACCGCAUGCAGGGUGAGGCUGCCCGACUGGAACAGGAUGUUCGUACACUUCGCGAAUGCGCAUAAUAUAGAGUUUGAUCAGGCGUACACCAGGGUGAUCCCGUACGCGCUGACCUCACAGCUGAGAUGCGUGCUGUGCAAAGAGAGCUUCCACAACUACGGCCACGUGGACAGCCACAUGAACCAUCACUACAGCAACUAUAUAUGCCACCAGUGUGGCGAUACCUUUUUGGCUGCGAGCCGUUUCGAUAAGCACCUCAAGGUGCACAAGAUAGGCAACUAUCCGUGCGAGUUGUGCGACAAAGUUUUCACGCUGGAAAAGUAUAGGACGAAGCAUAAAAACCUGGUCCACGACCAGAAGAGCAUGGUGAAGUGUCUGUAUUGCAGCGAGAAGUUUGUCGGCCUGUUCCAGAGGCACUUGCACGUGACCGAACAGCAUAAAGACAAGGUUAAGGUGUACACGUGCGAGUUGUGCGGCAACUGCUACACCUGGAAGACAUACUUCCUGGCGCACAUGAGGAGACGGCACGGGACUGAUAAGAAGCACCAAUGCAAGCAUUGUGAUAAAUCCUUCUUAAUGAAAUACGAGCUGAGAAACCACAUGAUAAGACAUACGGAUGAGAAGUUCCUUUGUGGGCUCUGCGGCAAGAGCUUCAAGAGAAUGCUCACCUUGAAGAAGCACUGUCUAGCUCAUGAAGAGUUCAGCGCUGAAGAUUGAAUAAAAACUAUACAGGGGCUAUAUUAAUUGCGUUUGGUUCGGUUAUUGUAAAUAAAUAUUUGUAUAUAAUAUAAUAUGAAAUUUGAAA